GUAAAGGGCUGUUGUUAAACAGUUUCUUACCGUAAGAGGGAGUUCAGACCUGGAUCUUUCCAGUUAAUCACACAACAAACUUAGCUCAUCGCAAUAAAAGCAGCUCAGAACCGACCGGCUCGCAACAGGAUUCUCUCAGCCCGGCAUCGGCAUCUGCAGAGGGAUCAGCCUGCUCGAACUGCAAGCGUGAUGUGGGGGACCAAACUUCUGCCGGUCCUGUUGCUGCAGCAUGUCCUCCUGCACCUCCUCCUGCUUCCUGUCACCAUCCCCUACGCAGAAGGACAGAAGAAAAGAAGAAAUACUCUUCACGAAUUCAAAAAGUCAGCAAAGACUACUCUCACCAAGGAAGACCCAUUAUUGAAGAUUAAAACCAAAAAAAUGAACUCAGCGGAUGAGUGCGCCAACAGAUGUAUCAGGAAUAAGGGACUUCCGUUCACUUGCAAGGCCUUUGUUUUUGAUAAGACAAGAAAACGAUGCCACUGGUUCCCUUUCAAUAGUAUGUCAAGUGGAGUGAAGAAGGGAUUUGGCCAUGAGUUUGACCUCUAUGAAAACAAAGACUAUAUUAGAAACUGCAUCAUUGGCAAAGGAAGCAGCUACAAGGGGACAGUAUCCAUCACCAAGAGUGGCAUCAAGUGUCAGCCUUGGAGUUCCAUGAUCCCCCACGAGCACAGCUUUUUGCCUUCGAGCUAUCGCGAUAAAGACCUACAGGAAAACUACUGUCGAAAUCCUCGAGGGGAAGAAGGGGGACCCUGGUGUUUCACAAGCAAUCCAGAGGUACGCUACGAAGUCUGUGACAUUCCUCAGUGUUCAGAAGUUGAAUGCAUGACCUGCAAUGGUGAAAGCUACCGGGGUCCCAUGGAUCACACCGAGUCGGGCAAGACCUGUCAGCGCUGGGAUCAUCAGACACCUCACCGGCACAAAUUCUUGCCUGAAAGAUAUCCCGACAAGGGCUUUGAUGAUAAUUAUUGCCGCAAUCCUGAUGGCAAGCCGAGGCCAUGGUGCUAUACUCUUGACCCUGACACCCCUUGGGAAUAUUGCGCAAUUAAAAUGUGCGCUCACAGUUCUGUGAAUGAUACUGCUGUCCCUAUGGAAACAACCGAAUGCAUCCAAGGCCAAGGAGAAGGUUACAGGGGAACCAGCAAUACCAUUUGGAAUGGAAUUCCCUGUCAGCGCUGGGAUUCUCAGUACCCUCACCAGCACGAUGUAACCCCUGAGAACUUCAAGUGCAAGGACCUUAGAGAAAAUUAUUGCCGCAAUCCAGAUGGGGCUGAAUCACCGUGGUGUUUUACCACUGACCCAAACAUCCGAGUUGGCUACUGCUCGCAAAUUCCCAAGUGUGAUGUGUCAAGUGGACAAGAUUGUUAUCGCGGCAAUGGGAAAAAUUACAUGGGCAACUUAUCCAAAACAAGGUCUGGACUUACAUGCUCAAUGUGGGACAAGAAUAUGGAGGAUUUACACCGUCAUAUUUUCUGGGAGCCAGAUGCGAGCAAGUUGAACAAGAAUUAUUGCCGGAAUCCUGACGAUGAUGCCCAUGGACCUUGGUGCUACACGGGGAAUCCUCUUAUUCCUUGGGAUUAUUGCCCCAUUUCCCGUUGUGAAGGAGAUACCACACCUACAAUUGUCAACUUGGACCACCCGGUCAUAUCCUGUGCCAAGACAAAACAGCUGCGGGUCGUAAAUGGCAUCCCAACACGGACAAACGUAGGAUGGAUGGUUAGUUUGAAAUACAGAAAUAAACAUAUCUGUGGAGGAUCACUGAUAAAGGAAAGUUGGGUUCUUACUGCAAGGCAAUGUUUUCCAUCCAGAAACAAAGACUUGAAGGAUUACGAAGCCUGGCUUGGAAUUCAUGAUGUCCAUGGGAGAGGUGAUGAGAAACGCAAGCAGGUCCUCAACAUUUCCCAGCUGGUCUCGGGGCCAGAAGGCUCAGAUCUGGUGCUGCUGAAGCUUUCUCGGCCUGCAAUUCUAGAUGACUUUGUCAGUACAAUUGAUUUACCCAAUUAUGGCUGCACAAUCCCAGAGAAGACCACUUGCAGUGUUUACGGCUGGGGCUAUACUGGACAGAUCAACUCGGAUGGUUUAUUGCGAGUAGCCCAUCUGUAUAUUAUGGGGAAUGAGAAAUGCCGUCAGCACCACCAAGGGAAGGUGACUCUCGGUGAGUCUGAACUGUGUGCUGGGGCUGAAAAGAUUGGAUCGGGACCAUGCGAGGGAGAUUAUGGCGGCCCACUCAUUUGUGAGCAACACAAAAUGAAAAUGGUUCUUGGUGUCAUUGUUCCUGGCCGUGGAUGUGCCAUCCCAAAUCGUCCUGGUAUUUUUGUCCGAGUGGCGUAUUACGCAAAGUGGAUGCACAAAGUAAUUUUGACCUACAAAUUGUAACAGCCAUAGAAGAAGCCAGUGUGUUUGAAGCAUCCAUCUAUACAUGAAGAUUUCAGAGACGUCGAGAUUAAAAUGUAACCUAAACCAAUCCUAAAACAGCUACUUGAGUGUUGUGAGUGUUCAGAAGCUCAUUAAUAUAUAUGGGUGUUUUCUGUUGUUCUGUUUGUCAGUGUUAUUUUGUAAAUGUUGAAGUGAAUUAAGGUACCUGUAAGUGCAGUAACAUAUCUCCUGAAGAUACUUGAACGGAUUCAAAAAUGCAAUAGUUGCUAGAUGAUAAGAGAUUUAAAGGUUAAGGUUGAUUAUCAUUCUAUGCUGCUUUUCAGGUUAAUAUCUUAAUGAUGAAUCAAUCAUAAGUUAAACAUUAUUUUAACCCCACCAAAACCAAUCUGUACUUUGUGUUUCUAACUUGUAACUCUGUAUUAAAUUAUAUUACACUUCCUAUGGCACAUGUUAUAGUUCAUUCAUUUUUUUCACAACAUGUAUCCUGCAAUACUGGCACACAAGCAUCCUUUUAUGAAAACAGAUGACCCUAACAAAUGGCUGAAUACACAUGCAGCAAUAUUACCGUUUAAACCAUGAUGUAUCUAGUGUCAUAGCUAAAUGUUUUGGAUGUAUGUAUCUAUAUUUAUUCUACAAUGUAAAGUUUUUGGAAGAUCAGUGGGAAUAUUCAGGAAAGGUACAAGGUAUAAGUGUGGUUCCUUUGUACGUAUCACAUAUGAUCUCCACUGGAAAGUGUUCAAAGUCAGGACAGGACCCAGAGGAUAAAAGAAUGGCUAGCCUGUAUGUUUAUUUAUAUUUAUUAGCCUAGUUAUUUUGUGUGCUCUCUAAUGCCCUAAAAGCAGAAAGUAAUUUGUGUAUUUGUCUUAAUCUUUCCUCCAAAUUUGAGCUACCUAUUUAUGAAGGAUAUUGGUAGAUCUAUUUUCUUAAAACAUUUAUUCAGUUUUCAAACAUGUCUCAAUGAAGAAAUUUUAAAGUGUCUCUGUCUUCAAAAAUGUAUUUAUAUGGGUUAAUACUAAAACUUGCUGCUAUGAUUGGCUUCUAGCUCUCCUUAAAUUAAAAAAAAAUGAUUUAGCAUAAAAAUAUUAUGUCUGCAAGUUUGUGAUCAUCCCUUCAUUAAAUUUUAUUUUGAAAUAUUUUGAAGAAAAAAUUAAAAUACUUUCCUUAAUCUAAAAAUUCUUAGUUUUUGAGUAAUAGA